AUGCUGCUGCAACGACUUCGCAAAGCUCAGGCUGCAAAGGACGCUAAUCGAGCUGAGCAGAUUUGCAAACUACGCCAAGAUGGGGCCGCUUCUCAGGGCACCUCCACUUGUGCGCAUUGCGGACUACACCUUCGCCAUAAGACGUCCCCUUUGCCAAACGUGAGGCCACGCUUGAGCUUCUACAUGAUGGUGGGGCCCCUCGUCUUCUGCAGGUGCAUCUACGAGCACACCUUCGCAAAGGGCCGACAAAGUUCAGAGCUCAAUGCAGUACGACCGUUCCAGGAACAGUGA